GCAGGGAAGAGAUGCGGUGUGUUAACCAGCUGAUCGUCCACCGAGAGAGAGAGAGGGAGCCGAGCGAGGGGAGAGGGAGGAGAGCAGAGAGAGGAGUGACUACUGAUGCUUCAGUAAUCUGCACCGUGUGAGUCAGUGCUGUGGGGAGCAGAGCGGCAACAGAAACAGCAGCAGCAGCGGCAGUGUGAGACACGUUUCACUCUCACGAGGGCCAGCCACGCAGAGGAGCACGAUGGGAAAGCUGAGCGGCUGAGCAAGAGGAGGAAGUGAGACAGCCACAACGAAAGCAAGAAGCGAGAGAGAGAAGCAAGAAGACAGAACGACAGCUGCAACCUACUUCUUUUUGCUGUUAGUAGACAGAGUGCGGCACUGCUUUGCCAUUGGGACUGACAGAUAAGACUAAACGUAUCCAGAGGAAGAGGAAGUUUGCUUGUAAACACCAGAGGUGGCUUAAGGUUUAGGACUCGACGUGGUUCAGGGAUGUCCUGGUUGUCUCCCGUCCAGUGGGCCAAAUGGACGUGGUCAGCAGUGACUGGGGUUGCCGGAGAAGAUGGGCAGCCCAGAGUGAAGGAUGCCGGAGAGGACAAUUCCGACUCGGAGGGAACUUUCGAGACUCCAGAGGCCGAGUCUCCGGGUCUCGUGAAGCUGCUGAACCAACUGGACAACUGCAACCACACAGGUUUUCCUGAUGUUACAAACCACUUUCUGGACGAGAACUCUAAAAAAGAAGUGGUUGAUUCUCUGAACAACCUCACCGGCUCCUCUCCGGACAACAGCAGCUUCUGUUUGGAUCAGAACCUUAAUUUGACUCUCAGCACCAAAUCCGGUCCAGGAGAGGGCCUCUCCCCAUCCACCCCUCUGCCCCAGCCUCCAGCUGUCAGGCCCCCUUCAUUGAGCGUCCUCUCCUCACUGAACAAACCCGAUCCUACGGAGGUGGACGAUGAGGCUCCGAUGACAUCUGACUCCAGCCCGGACUCAAACCUGAGCUCCAGGUGUGACAUUUGUGUGGAUCCCGAUUUGCUCAAUGGAAACAAAAACUCUAUGCUGUCAAACUCAAAACUGACCUGCGAGACCAGCGAAGCCACAACGACGAACUCGUGUAAAGUGAAACAGAUCCAGCCACAGACGCAAAAGGAACUCCGUGAACAGGACGACCAUCAUGGAGGCCACGCCACAGAUGAGGAGAAGUUGGCGAGCAGUGUGAGCGUGCAAGACUGCCAAGUGAUGUCCACUCCUGAGGAGUCAGACUGCUGCUCUGUGCAGUACGAGGACACGUGCAAACUGAAGAGCAACUCCAGGGAGAGCGAGAUGCAGAAAACAGGAAGUCAGGUCCUUGAUUCCAUCUGCAUCAGUGAAACAGAGAAGCAAGCAGUUCUCACUCUUAUUAGAGAGGAGAUCAUCACUAAAGAGGUGGAAGCCAGCGACUGGAAGAAAAAAUAUGAUGACUGCAGACAAGAAGUCAAUGAGAUGAGGAAGAUUGUUGCAGAAUAUGAGAAGACAAUUGCUCAGAUGUAUGAGGACGAGCAGCGCAACAGUGCCAGCUCCCAGAAGGCUUUGCAUGCAGUGACGAUGGAGAAGGAAGCAGCGCUGGCCGACCUGAACUCCGUGGAGCGUUCUCUGUCUGACGUGUUUCGACGUUUUGAAAAUAUGAAGAGCACCCUGGAGGGCUUUAAGAAAAAUGAAGAGGUGCUGAAGAAGUGUGCUCAGGAAUAUCUGGCCAGAGUCAAACAGGAGGAGCAGAGAUACCUCACACUGAAAGUCCAUGCUGAAGAGAAACUAGACAAGGCCAAUGAGGAAAUCGCUCAGGUGCGUACGAAGGCGAGCUCAGAGAGCGUAGCGCUGACCGCAGGCCUGAGGAAGGAGCAGAUGAAGAACGAGUCUCUGGAACAAGCGCUGCAGCAGAAGAAUCAAGAGAUCGAGGAACUCACAAAGAUCUGUGAUGAGCUGAUCGCCAAAAUGGGAAGAAUCGACUGACAGCCACUCGCUGUGAGUCGGCUUCCACCGUCCCUCUGGUCCUGCCCCGUGCAUGCGCCCAGCCAGGAAGCAGCUCUACUACCUUGUGCCAGCUCUUCCUCUCAGAGACUGCUCAUGUACACCACAUGUUUAAAGUAACUUCCUUGUACACUACUAUUGCACUACACGUGACCAGAAUCAAGGGAGGUUCUGUAGAUGUUAAUUAUUGCCGGGAGUUUGGUUCUAUGUCGUCACUUUGUUUGCAUUCACUGCCCUUUAUGAGCUCAUCCUGGCCCCUUGUGCUUUUGUCCAUGGUGCCGGCCAACAACAACCUGCUUGUGAGUCAACUCCCAGCAGCUUAGCAGCUCAUUCCUUAGCAAACGCUCGUGCAGAAUGACAUCAGACUUACUGCAGGAUGUUUUGGGCGUGUGCUCUGAUGGGCUUUUGACGAGGAUUGUUGAAAAGCAACAAUCCAUAAAAUGUAUUUUUAUAUGAGGUAAACAAGAAUUUCACUCUGGUAGAGAGAAGCUCAGGGGCACUGUAUCGGGCCGAAGGAGGUCAGAGUCAUAGUCAAGCUGCAUGAGAGCUGAAGAGGAGGAUUUCAGAUUGUUUAAGGAAGUACAGGAGUCCUCUGAAACCUGAGGGAAUCUGGACCUCACUUCAGUGAAUCUAAAACUGCAAAGAAUUCUCAGCUUCAGCUUCACAUGAUUUACAGUAUGACACAGAUUAUAUUCAAGACUAUUUAAAGAGCGGCAGUAUAUUUGUAUCUUUCACAGAGACGUAUAAUUACCUGACAAUCAUAAACUUUCCUGUGACUGUAUAAAAACCCAUGGUCAUUAACUGUCAAGUAGAGAAUCCUGAACAACUGGAGCAAGGCUACAACAUAAUGACACUAUAUUUCAGUCAAGUGCUGCAUGGUCACUUUUUGUAAACGUCACUCACUGUGAGAGAAACCAAGAAUGCAACGUCUUUGUUUCAAGUUUUUUUCCUGUUGCUUAUUUGUGAUGAUUCAACAAAUAAAUAGGUUUCUAUGCACGUUGCUUUUUACACCUUUGCAUUUCUCAGGAUUUACAUAUUUUGUUCAAAUAGUUGCAUUCAGCAUCUCAGCGCUUUAUUAAAGACGUGAGGUGGUUGAGACGUAGCUGAAUGUUUGUUCAAAUGUGUUUUUGAAGGAAAAAAACUAAAGGAUUUCUCCCCGACACCAGUUUUACGGAAAGUCAAAUGUUUAUCUCAAUAUUAUACAGUGUAAUUUUUGCAAAUCCAUGAUUUAAAUUGGGCAGUUACUGGUUAACAAAGUGAAACAAGGGUUUACUUUAUAUAUUUGUCACUUUAAAGGAUUCCAUCCUCAGUUCAUUGGAGUCAGUCACUGCGUCCUAACCACCAUGUAAAUCCACUCCUGUAACAAACCCACCUGUGUGCCAUCGUUUGUAUUUGUGCCAACUAAUGUCACAUUGCCUCAGCUGUUUAUUUUAUAAAAUAUUGUUUCUCACUGGUACCCCAACUCCCUGCUACAGGAAAGAAAGGUUGUACAGCCCAUGUCCCCCUCCCUUUGGUAAAUACCAUUCCAGCCUCAGCUCUGUUCAUUUAGAUUUAUGAUUUUGAAUAAGUGAUUUUUAUUACUUAUAGAAUUGAAUCUGCUCAAGCUCCUUGCUCUGCUACUGCUAGCGUUCAUAUAGAUAAAUAUCUACACUGCAGCUAGAGUGAAACAUGUUCAGGUUUAUGGAAGGAGAGCUGUCGUAAACGGGCGUGUCUGCUCUACUGUCUCUGAAUUAAAGGGUACUCAGUAGGGUGCUCUCCAGAGGGAGCAGGGGAGACUACGUUCUAGGCGUAGUCUACAGAAACUUUAUUAGGGUAAAACCCUCCAGAGCUAAAGGCUUGGACACUUUAAACAGAGAGCUGGUCCAGAGCCCCUGUGUGGGGGGGUAUCCUGGGUUCUAACUUCCCUUUCCUGAGUCACGGUUUGUGUUUGUAUAUAAAAAAUGGGAUUGUCACACUUGUGUUGAGGACUAACCGUGAUUGUUGUACAUUUGCUUGAAUAAAUAUUAUUUACUCCACUGUAA